UAAUUCAAAGUAUGAUAGUCUUAUCUUGGCAAAAAAGACUAAUUCCUCAUAGAAUAUGUCACAGAUUGCCUUACUUACAUAAUUUACGUUUGCUAAUGUUCAUAUUUACUUACUUAAGUAACUUUCGAAGGCCGUAAGACACACGCGCGCCACACGUUCAAGAGUCCUUCUUUCAUGAAAUGCAACUGUCCUCAUUAAGAUAUAAUUAGCGAUUAAUGCAUACGAGACAUCAAACGUCAACCUCUUGCUGACAAUUUUUCAUAGAGGUAACAUUGCACUAUUCAUUCAAGCUAGCUGAGUUUACUCUGUACCGUGUCAAAGGUCAAUAGUGCAAAGGUCAAGGCAACAGAAACACAAGUCAGCAGACCCGAUGUUUACCUGUACCGUGCGUCUUCCAUCGAUCUGUCUUGUGUUCAGUAACAGGUGAGCAGCUCAAGACGUAACGUUCACUAAUGCCAUUGUCUUAGUACUUGUAGCAAGGACGUCCGACACUUUACCUAGAGUUGAGCCAAGAAAUCAGGUCUCCUUCAUAGCUUUAAAACGUGGCAGACUCUCGGGAUUUCGACAACUUCAAGUCCAUUGAGAAGGGCCCAAAGUAGGUGCGAUAUUGUACAUAAUUGAGGACUCCAGUGGGCUUUGAACCCAUACCCUCUGAUACAGAGGCAGGCAGAUCUGGAUAAGAAUUUUGUCUACUGCUGUACCCGGAAGUCACUGACACUAUGGCAGAGGAGAGCGCAGAUUUCAUGGACUCUGAUGACUACACCAACGUCAUCAACGGUAUCAGAUAUCCGCCUCACGUUAGGAGGGAGAAUAUGGAAGCCAUGGCUGAGUUUGACAUACGGGAUGACGACAUCGUCAUGGUGGCUUUUCCAAAAGCAGGAACCAACUGGAUUCUGGAAAUCGUACACAAGAUCCUGGUAACCAGUGGCAAGAUUAACGCCUCUUCAUCUGACGACAUGGUUGCCAUGGGGAAGUUGGAGUUCCAAUAUUCUCACGAGCCACGCCCCCGUCACGUGAUGCUGCAGGAAUGUGCCUCACCCCGCGUCAUCCUCACCCACCUCGCCCCGGACACCGCCCCGCCUGGGAUCGCUCAUCCUCAAAAUAAAGUCAAGAUCAUCGUUCUCAUGAGGAACCCAAAGGACACAGCGGUCUCUUACUUCCACUUCGAGCAGAAGCGUCGGUCUAUGGACGGACGGAAACCUCUUCCCUCGUGGGACGAGUAUUCUCAGCUGUUCUUAGCUGGAAAACAUACUUACGGCUGCUACUUCAAACAUGUUCUUGGCUGGUGGCAGAGACGUGACGACCCCCACUUCUUGUUCUUAAAGUACGAAGACAUGAAAAAGGACCUUCCCAAAGCCGUGAAGACAGUGUCGGCGUUCCUUCAGGUCAAACUGGAUGACGCUUCCAUCGAGACUAUCGCGCAUGCGUGCACCUUCUCCAGCAUGAAGGGCACUUUGGAAAACUCGCGUUUUUACGACAGGGCUGUGAUCGCUAGGAAAGGGCUUGUCGGUGACUGGAAGUCUAUGUUUACCGAUGAACAAAACAAGUCGUUCGACCAAAAAUGCCAGGCAAAACUGGACGGAACAGGACUUCACUUCGACUUUGAAUAAAAUUGCUCAUCUGA